AUGUCCAAUCCCUCUCAUCAAAAAGUCGCCCAUUUCAUCGGCGGAAACUCGCUCGACGUCGCUCCUCCAGGUCGUGUUCACGAGUUUGUAAAGGAACAUGGCGGUCACACUGUAAUCACAAAGGUCUUGAUCGCAAACAACGGCAUCGCCGCCGUCAAAGAGAUCCGCUCCGUUCGUCAAUGGUCAUACGAAACCUUUGGCUCGGAACGUGCAAUCGAGUUUACCGUCAUGGCCACCCCAGAAGAUCUCAAGAUCAACGCAGAGUACAUCCGCAUGGCGGACAGAUACAUCGAGGUCCCCGGAGGAACCAAUAAUAACAAUUAUGCAAACGUCGAUUUCAUCGUCGAUGUUGCCGAACGUGCAGGCGUCCAUGCCGUCUGGGCCGGAUGGGGCCAUGCUUCAGAGAACCCGCGACUGCCAGAGAGCCUCGCGGCAUCAAAGCAAAAAAUCGUCUUCAUCGGUCCCCAGGGAGCGCCAUGA